AUGACAGUAUUUGAAUACAAGGAAGGAAGGAAGGUCGUGAAUGAUAAGGAUAUUGCGUACAUGUUGCCUGUAGAUGAUCUCGAAGUGGAUAGACUCAAAAUGAACCAUGAGUUGUGGAAGUGCAUCAUCGGAGGCUUAUUCAAGUCAUCUAUUCAUGAUCGAUUAGAAAAGGGUAUACGUGUACUGGACAUUGGAUGUGGUCCUGGCUGGUGGACACUAGAUAUGGCCAAACUUUAUCCCAACUCUGAAUUUAUUGCUAUUGACAUGGCUGAUAUCUUUAUGACCCAAGAUAUUCCGCCCAACGUGGCAUUCAAGCAGAUGAAUGCAGGUGUAGGCCUUGACUUUGAAGACGAAUCUUUUGAUUUUGUCUUUCAACGGUUCCUCGUCAUGGGUUUCCCGACUGAUCAAUAUCUCCUAUCGAUCCAAGAGAUGAAGCGUCUGCUAAAGCCUGGUGGUGCAAUAGAGAUACUGGAACUCAUCAGUAAGUUUGAUAAUGCAAGUCCCGCCUUUGAUCGUUUCUGCUCAUGGGUGAAUGAAGCAUUGGCCACCAAAAACUUAGAUGCAUUCAUUGCUGAAAAGAUACCAGGCUAUCUCACAGAUACUGGUUAUCGUGAUAUUCAGUUUAUUGAUUACAAUGUGCCUAUAGGCUCCUGGGGUGGGCACGUCGGUAAAUUGUAUCUUGAGGUUCUCAAAUUAGCUUUUCCUGCCAGCAGAGUCAUGGUGAUCUCCCAUACGCCUGUUACUCUUGACCAAUUUAAUGAUAAUCUUGGUCAAGUACUUUUAGACGCACAUCAUUUUCAAGUGUCGAAUCGAUACAGAUUGAUUUAUGCUAUAAAAUAA